GAUCCGGGAGAUGCAAGGUGCCGGGGAGAUGCCGGGGCCCGGAGAAACACCGGACCCGGAAGAGGCAUUGCUGGCGACCAUCCUGGAAACUGGCGGGACGGGGAUUGUUGAGGACUACAUCUGCAACUCGCUUGUGAAGGAGCAGUGGGACGAGGAGCAGACACGCCGUAUGGAGGAGAUGUACAGGCGCGAGAUGCAGGAGGUGUUGGGCCCGGAACAGCAGGCGUUCGGGGCCGAGGUCGACGCCAGCGGGUCUUCGCAACCACUCCCAGACCCACAGCUAAGUAUGACCUCGCCAAUCGGGCAGAAGCCGAGUGAUGUGGAAGCAGUGCCGAUGACGUACAAGGAUGUGAUGUGUUCCAAGUGCAUGGUUUUCUGGGUGGCGGCCAUGAAGAAAGAGAUAGAUGGCCGCGACAAGACUGGAACCUUUACCAAGGUCAUGGAGCUGCCCGAGGGACGGAAAGCCAUAGGUUCAGAGUGGGUGUUUUCUUGGAAGACGAAUGAGAAGGGCCUGAUAGUCGACUUCAAGGCCCGUAUGGUUGCGCGGGGUUUCUCUCAAAUCCCCGGCAUUGACUUCCACCACUCAUCCUCAGCGUGCCCGCCUGCAGCGUCUAUCAAGACGAUGAUUGCCGUAGCCACUGAAAAGGGCAAGAAACUCGAUCACUGGGAUGUGAAGCAAGCGUACAUCCACGCUACGCUAAACGAAGAAAUAUACCUCAGGUUCCCGGAAGGCCAUGGUAGCAUGUCCGGCAAGGUGGUCAAGGUUGAGCGUGCCCUGUAUGGCCUAAAGCAGAGUGGCCGUGAGUGGGGGGUUGAAGCUGCCGAUGCCCUCAUCGAGAAUGGAUACGAGCAGUGCAGGGUUGACCCGUGUGUCUUCCGGAAGGUGGUGGAUGGAGAGGUCGUAGGUCUCAUCGUGAUUUACGUUGAUGACAUCUUAGUGGCGGCAGACGAGGGAGAGCGAGAGGGGUUGUUCGCUUCCCUCAACAAGAAUUUUCCCGUAAAAGGUAUGGGGGAGUGUACCUGGGUUGACGGGUGUGCUAUCGCCAUGGAUGUAGACAAUGGCAUCCCCAAGCUGUCCCAGACAGCAUACAUUGAGAGUAUGCUGAAGCGGUGUGAUGUGACCACGACCGCUUUCACCCCUGCUGCCACCGAUGCCGACCUAGGGCCGAAGAGAGAUGACGAGCCCGCAGUGGAUAAGGCUGUGAGGUGGGCGAUCGGAUUCCUGAUGCGGACGAAGCCGACGAGGCCAGACAUCGCCGUGCCUCUGAACAAGCUCCAGAAGAUCGCCCACUCACCCACCGGGAGGAUAUGGAACGCGCUUGUGCGGAUCAUGUCCACCUGA